AUGUCCCUCUCCUUCACCGUCUACCGCGGCACCUCCGACGGCAAAAUCAUCGCCGACGUCACCACCCGCGACCUCGGCCACAACGAAGUCUACAUCGAAACCACACACUCCGGGAUCUGCGGCACGGACGAACACUUCCUUCACGCGGGCUGCGUACUCGGACACGAGGGGAUCGGGAUCGUCAGGCAGCUCGGCGCGGGGGUGAGUUCAGUCAAGGUGGGAGAUCGUGUGGGGUUUGCGUAUAUCCGGAAGGUUUGUGGUGUUUGUGAUAAUUGUACUUCUGGCCUCGACCAAUACUGCCGCCACAAACGCGCCUACGGAACCCACGACUUCGACCUGGGCAGUUUCAGCCACGGCGCCGUCUGGGACGCCAGCUGCAUCUUCCCCAUCCCUGAGGCGUUAGACUCCGAAGACGCCGCACCGCUCAUGUGCGCCGGCGCCACGGUCUGGUCCUGUCUCACGCAGAACGGAAUCCGGGUGAACGACCGCGUCGGGAUCCUGGGGAUCGGCGGGCUCGGACAUCUGGCGAUUAAGUUGGCGUCGGCGCUGGGGUAUCAUGUUGUUGCGUUGUCGGGGUCGGAGAAGAAGAGAAGCGAGGCGAGGGAGUUUGGGGCGGACGAGUUUCGAGUCCUUGCUGGGGACGGUGGUGUGCAGGGUGAGGAUGAGAUGAAGCCGAUCAAGCAUCUUUUGGUGUGUGGGAGUGGUGGGGUGGAGUAUACAUCAUUGGUCCCCCUAAUGGACACAACCGGCACAAUCUACCACAUGGCCGUAUCAUUCGAACCCACCCCCGUGCCAACCCUCCCCUUACUCUCCAAGGGCAUCCGCAUUCAAGGCUCGUUCAUCACCUCGCGGAACAACCUGCAAGAGCUGCUGGAGUUUGCGGCGCGCAAGGGCAUUCGCCCCGCGGUGGUGAAGUAUCCAUUUGGGGUGGAGGGCAUUCAGACUGCGAUGAGAAAUUUGAGGGAGGGGAAGGUGAGGUAUAGAGGCGUUUUGGUGAAGGAGGGUGUGGAGAGGAAUGGGGUUUAA